AUUGCCUUUAGAAAUAAAAGAUUGGUUUCCAUAUAGCCUAAGCAAGUAUGUAGCCUAUUGGUGACAUAGCUACAAAUAAUCCCCAAACGUGUUCAAAUUAAAAGAAUAAGAUUGCAGAAGCACAUCUGGAAAUAAUGGAUGAAGUUGUAGGCUAUUAAAAAAGUUUGGGGAAAGAGUUGCAGUUACUCCAAUACAUUUUCCAACUGUAUUUUUAUUUAUUAUAAAUAUACCCCGUGCCUUUUCAUUUGAGGACAAAUUCCCUCACAUGGCAGAAAAGGCAUCAUCCAGUAGCUAGCACAGUUAAUGAUCUAUUUGCCUAAUUAACAUGACCUUUGAACGCUGAUGUCACGGAGUCUAUAAAUACCCUCACGCAUUCACGCUCAAGUUGCUAUGAUGAAAACAAGACUUUGAGCUCCGAGAGGUGUCUGGCGUGAUGUCCGACCUUUGAACCCUUUCCAGUCUUCAGCCGCCGGCGAAUGAAUGGGCUCAAGCCGACCACCUAAUGAUGUGCCGGUAAACGAACCCAAAGGAGGCUGUGACUGCCGGGAAGCAGCCGGGAGCGCAGCCCGUCUCUGAACUUUGCAGAGAGGCCCCCUCUAUUCACCAACUAUCCCUUUCAGGGGAUCUGUGAGGUCAUGUGAAAUCUAAAUAUAGCACUAUACAAUCCCUGUUGUUAUAGGAGAUUGUUUAAGCUGAGCGGGAAUACGGUUUACAUAAUUGGUUUCGAUAAAUUGCAUUAGGAAAAGAAACAGUGCACAUUGCGAGGAAAUCAGCCACAACUCAAUUAGUUACAUUUACAAAAACAGAGGUUUAAUAUGUUGUCAUUCUCUGCAAUAACAACCUAAUGGUGUGUAUUUAUAAAUGCAUUAUAGAUUUGUUUUUUGCGUAAAUGCAGUGUGGGCUAUAUUUAUUUUGAUAUUAAACCGGUGGGUCAAGUGCAGUGGGCUUCCCUCGCCUCCAUGUCCUAAAUAGCACAAUGACGCUUGUAUCAGGUACAAUGCAUGACAAGACUUUUAGCGCUGUUUCACUUUCUUUGUGAGUGUGAGUGAGUGGGCCACACACAGCCACACGUCCGUCUGCGCGUUCUCCGUGCGCAACAGCGCGCCCCUUGCCUACCGGAAACACCAUAUAUGGCUCGGUCGUUCCAAUCGGCGAUUGGCUGCUUCACUAAAGCGACAAUUCUGUUGCUGGAGCUCUAUUCAUAUGCAGAGACAGGUUGAGAAAAAAACAGGCAGUGUGAUAUAUGGAUCCACUUCAUUUAGCAGUUCAUAAAUAAUGAGCUGGUGUGCUGAAAGAUGUGUGUGUUAAUUUAAUCAUGCUGGGUUUUGUAAUAUUGUUCAAAAAUAAUGUGUUAGGACACCUUUGAUAAUGCACUGUAUUUUGUAUCAAGUGUUCUUAUCUAACAUAAAGGCAAAUAUUUUAAACUGUGUUUUAUUGCAAUCCCUUAUCCUGCAAGAACAGUUGUGUUUCAAUAUAGGAUUAUUAUACGGUGUACAUAUGUGGAUAUAUAGAGGGAACAUAAUGUAUAUGAUGCAGAUGCUGCAUACAUAAAAUGACGUAGGCCUAUUCAUUAAUGGCGAUAGGCACCUCAUGCAGGCGGGGGUGUCACUUAAUAUAGGCUCGAUAUUUUUUGAUACACGACUUCAUAAAAUAAGUAAAAAUAAAAGGGCUGCUGAAGUUGUUGUUCAGACAUUCCACGGAUUUAAUUGUUCAAUUGUAAAAACAUCUGCUCGCUUUUUUUCAUAUUCUCCUACCUCUCUCUAUGUGCGAUGGUUCGGUCUCACCACACAGAUUUCAUUCAUAAAAUUCCAGCUCACUAUAAAAGGCAGGGCCUCUCCACUAUCUGCACAGUUACCAUUUAUGAACGUGGCAAAUGGGAUACAGUUAGGGCUUAAGACGACUGUUUUUUACUUAGAUCAGAUAGACUAAUCUAUCUUUGUAUGCAGUGAUUUUUAGACGAGAACAUGCAUCCAGACUCCAACAUUGAGUUCGACUCAUCGUCCAGCUGUAGCACAGCAUCGCCUGGCGGGGACACCCCUGGGUGCAGCCAGCAUCCUCCUGACUCGCUUUCAUCAUCAGUGGACAGCGCAAAGGAUACUGAGACCAGCGGAGCAGACUCCUUUGUUCCGACUGUGACUGCAAUCUCAACCUCGCCGGGUCUCAUGUGGAUGGUGCAGCCGACAGUCAUCACAUCUGUCUCCCCAUCGGCCGGCCGAGCAAAGACCAAAACUCACGGCUCGUCCAAGUCGUCUUCCCCGGCAGCUGCAAAAAAGACAAAGCCCUCCAACAGGAAAGGGCUGAAAGACAAGGCGUCCAAAGAGGAGGAGGAAAGGAGGAGGAUCAGGAGGGAGAGGAACAAAAUUGCUGCAGCAAAGUGUCGUAACAGACGGAGGGAGCUGAUAGACACUCUGCAAGCUGAAACGGACAAUCUCGAAGACGAGAAGUCUGCCCUCCAGACGGAGAUAGCAGAGCUGAUGAAGGAGAAGGAGAGACUGGAGCAAGUCUUGAUCUCCCACCAACCAUCCUGCAAGCUCCCUGCAAAUGACAAUGACGAUGAAGAUGAUGAGGAGAAAGAUAAUGAAGAUGAUGUUGACACAAUGCUGCAGGAUCCUCCGGCUUCCCCACAGCUCCUGUCCAUCUUAGAGGAUGAAAAAAGCCCAGAGAGCACUGCAGCCGUAGAAGAAGCAUCUAUUGGCCAAGACAUGGACAGUGUCCCUUGCAUCCCUGCUGCAGCCAUUUUGGGGAACUCCAACAUCCUGCUGUGUUCGAGUGCAGAGGAGGAGGAUCUGGAGGAUUUAAGAGGAGAUGACUUGGAUGACUUGGUGCCCAGUCUGGAGAUGGCAGAGACUACAGAGAUGGCUGCAUCCGUCCCUGACAUUGACCUGAGCGGGCCCUUCGGCCUCUCAGACUGGGAAACGCUGUACAAGUCUGUGGCCAAUGACCUUGAAACUUUGAGCUCUCCAGUCAUGUCUUCCAGUCCCACUUGUAGCAAUUACCGCUCAGUGUUCUCGUUUAAUUACUCUGAGAUUGAUUCCUUCGCCAAGGGCUUCGAGAGCCUCAAAGGCAGCCUUGGUGCGUCUGAGUCGAUGAAAGAUAGUCUUAACUCUCCGACACUUCUGGCCUUGUGAAUGCAAAACUAAUUAUGCAAAGUUCUAACCAGCCAGCAAGCUAUGAUAUCUCCCUCGAAAAACAAUGUUUUGUAGUGUGAGUUUUGAUGUUGUGUAAAACUGAACAUCAGAGGUUGUGUACAUGACAUGUUUAAUGUGACUGUAACAGGGUUGACUUCCUCCAUACUGCUGGUGCAAUUCUCUGUGGUGAGACUUUGCGCUGGCAACAAAAA